AUGGCGCCAACUCGCGAGCGGCUCCUACAGACCGCGGGGGCCUUCAUCGACUCCGUUAACGAGUGGACCCCGGAAUCGGUCGUGCGCCACUUCAGCCCCAAUUUCACGUUCCGGACGGCGCCGGCGAAGGUGAAAAUGGUGCCACAAUCCCAGGCCGAAUGCGUCGCGUUCGUCGGGCUGAUUGGGCGCAUUACGCGGACUUUCCAGCUCCAGCUGGUGAGCGGGGAAGACCCCCUAGUCGACGAGGUCAGCCGGAAGGUCGUGAUGCAUCUCAAGUCGCACUCCGAAACGACCGUGGGCCUGUACCAGAAUGAGUAUAUCUGGGUCGUGACGCUGAGCCCGGAUGGCUCGGAGGUGGACGAUGUGCUCAAUUUCGCCGACAGCCAGUACGCGAAUGAGUGGGUGCCCAAGAUGGUAGCCGCAGCUAAGGCGGUGGCCCAGGAGGCGGCGGACAGCUGA